AGAUCACGACUGCUAGAGACGACUUGUUUCUUUUGCUAGUACUUUAGGAGGUGGUGCUAUUUCUCUCGAUCUUGGCAGCAAAUUUUCACGAAUGGCUUCUGGAUGGCGCCUUCUCGUCCAAAAUGGAGCUUUGCAGGAGCAUGAUCCAGGGCAAGUCACGUCUUUUCUUCGCUCCCAUCCCGAAGGUAAGCACGAAUUCUUCCAAGCUAUCCGGAGCUCUCGACUUUCAGGUGCUUUCACCGUGACCCGGACUGCUGAUCGAGGAGCUCGUUUGCUCCUCUGGGAGAGGCAUCUUGCUCGUCUCGCUCAGUCUCUUCGCCUCUUGCGAACCAGGACGUUUUCGCCAUCGCCCAGCUCCCAUUCUUUUCCCGAGCUUUUGAAUCCGUCCUUACGUGCGGGACUGGGAGAAGCAUUGAAGAGACGGAGUGAGAAAGAGGAGGUCGCUGUGACUGUUCAUCUUCGUCAUUCCGAUGAGAGAUCUCUCGACGUUUCUGUCCAUAUCUCAAGCUUUGUCCCUGCAAUCGUCGUGAACACGGCCAGCGUUGCCGUCAUGGGGCCUAGCCGCCCGCUUCCUCUCGCCAAGUCUUCGCAGUGGGUAAGUGCUCGCCAAGUGCUGGAGCAAUGCAAGCCUGAGAAUACCACCGAAGUAGUCCUCUCAAACGAUGGCCAGCACUUGCUGGAGGGAUCCAUAUCCAAUUUCUUCGUUGUUUUAAGCUCUGAUGGCAGAGUUACUGUCCAAACCGCUGCCCUGGAAAACGGAGUUCUACCUGGGACGAUCCGGCAACUAGUCAUUGAGAUUUGCAACGAUACGAGCAUACCAGUGAGCGAGACCAGCCCUUCUUGGGACGAGCGAUCCUCGUGGAAAGAAGCCUUCGUGACCAAUAGUUUGAGUUUGAUCCAGCCUGUGAGGAGCAUCAAGAUGCCAGUUCCAUGGAAUGCCAACUUCGAUCCAAAACAAUGGAGCCAAAGCAGUUGGCAACCAUUGCAUCUCAUGACAAAUGGUGACGUUACGCAAAUGCUCCAGAAAGAAAUAUUCGAGCGCGCUAAAAACUAUGGUUAUCUCACCAGCGAUUUGCUCGGCACGGCUUCGAUUAGAAAGAAGUUUAUUUGAAAGAUUCCCUUUGCUGACAAAAUGGGGUCCCAGUCUCCUUAUACGUCCUUAGAUUUCGCAAAAAUUUAGCUAUGUACCAUUGUCGAGCCUAGCUGAAAUUCCAAAAUCCCAGUUUGAGCAAA